CCAGGAUUUCCAGGUACGGGUUUGUCCCACAUGCCGAGAUAACAAUACUCUUAUCGCAAUAUGCUCCGUGCUUAAAAUGGCAUUGUGCUUUUAACAUUAUGCGAGACGACAUAAUUACUAAUUGAAAAUGAUGAGUGCACGCGUGAACAAGGAAAGGUUCUAUGACCGAUUUAUUCCCCGUCGCACCUGUGUCGAUGUCGAGGUUCUCAAUUACAUGCUUUUGAAGGAUACUAGUACGGCAUCUAGCACCGAGUCCGACACGAACAACGAAAGCAGAAGAUUUGCGAACAAGGCGUACCUGAAAUGGCAAAAAAGACUGUUUCAGGAGAGGUUGUGGUCGUACAGUCCGAUUCCGAAGAAGGUGCUCACAUUUUCGCAAACGUGGAAGGCGUCCAAGAAGUCCAGCCCUUUCUCAAAUCUCUGGUCGGUUCGUGCGAGGACCAAGCCACUAAUCGGUCCACCUAUAACCGUACUUGAUAUGCCGAACUUGGUAGGAGGCAUAU